GGGCUCUUGUAUCAGGAAUAUCGAGAUAAGUCUACACGCCAGGAGAUUGAAACCAGACGACUGCAGGAUUCACAGACAGAUGCUGAGGAGAAUUCACCCAGUGAGGAAAUCCCAUCUGAAGAAGAACCUACAAGUACAACCGAAAGCAAAGCUCCACCACAAAUCAGUUUGCUGAGGAAUUCCAACUCCAGGUUCAACUUAUGGCAGGAUCUUCCUGAGAUCCAGAGCAGCGGCGUCCUCAGCAUCCUCCAGCCAGAUGAGAUCAAGCUGCAGGAGGCCAUGUUUGAGCUGGUUACUUCCGAAGCCUCGUAUUACAAGAGUCUGAAUCUGUUGGUGUCGCACUUCAUGGAGAAUGAACGUCUGAAAAAGAUCUUACACCAGUCUGAGGCACACAUCCUCUUCUCCAAUGUCCUGGAUGUCAUGGCUGUUAGUGAGCGCUUCCUGUUGGAUCUCGAGCAGCGGGUGGAGGAGAAUAUUGUGAUCUCGGAUGUGUGUGAUAUUGUCUACCAGCAUACGGUGAAUCACUUCUCUGUGUACAUCACCUACGUCUCCAACCAGACCUACCAGGAGAGAGCUUACAAGCAGCUUCUCCAGGACAAGCCAGCUUUCCGGGAAGUGAUCUCACAGCUGGAGCUGGAUCCCAAGUGCAAAGGCCUGUCCUUUUCUUCCUUCCUGAUUCUGCCGUUUCAAAGGAUCACUCGCCUCAAGCUGCUGGUUCAGAAUAUUUUGAAGAAAGUGGAAGAGAAGUCUGACAGGGAAACCACUGCUCUGGAUGCACAUAAAGAACUGGAAACAGUGGUGAAGGCAUGCAAUGAAGGUGUCAGGAAGAUGAGCCGAACAGAGCAGAUGAUCAGCAUCCAGAAGAAACUGGAAUUCAAGAUCAAGUCUGUGCCCAUCAUCUCUCACUCCCGCUGGCUGCUGAAGCAGGGGGAACUGCAGCAAAUGAAUGGUCCGAAGACAUCGCGGACACUUCGCACCAAGAAACUCUUCAGGGAAAUCUACCUGUUCCUUUUCAAUGAUCUGCUGGUAAUUUGCCGGCAAAUUCCUGGGGACAAGUACCAAGUGUUUGACUCUGCUCCCCGGGGACUUCUUCGGGUAGAAGAGUUAGAAGAUCAGGGGCAGAGUUUGGCCAACGUCUUCAUCUUGAGGCUGCUGGAGAAUGCCGAUGACCGGGAGGCCAGCUACAUGCUGAAGGCGUCGUCCCAGAGUGAAAUGAAGCGCUGGAUGAUUUCACUGGCCCCAAACCGGAGAACCAAGUUCGUCUCAUUUACAUCCAGACUUGUUGACUGCCCGCAGAUCCAGUGUGUCCACCCGUACGUGGCCCAGCAGCCGGAUGAGCUGUCCUUAGAACUGGCUGACGUCCUCAACAUCCUGGACAAGACAGACGAUGGCUGGAUAUUUGGGGAGCGUCUUCAUGACCAGGAGAGGGGCUGGUUCCCCAGUUCUAUGGGGGAGGAGAUCCUGAACCCCAAAAUCCGAGCCCAGAACUUGAAGGAGUGUUUCCGGGUACACAAGUCAGAUGACAGUCAGCGGAGGAAACUGGGCAGCAGAAACCGCCAAUGACCGCUGGCAUCCCCGAG